AUGAGUUCUGAGAAGAAGCAGAGACUAACAUCAUCGUACACUAUCUCUAAUGAUUUGCAGCAGACAUUAACGGAAGAUUUUGAGAACUCGAGUCGACCCGAUGCUUUGUCUAAGAGAGCUCAACAAAGACUGUUGCGAUCUGGCGAAAAUGAUUAUGAUAGAAAAAAAUAUGUUUUGUUUGAGCAGGCAUCAAGUGAGAGAGACUUCAAGUAUGGCGAACUAUCUGGACAUGGAGCGGUGGAAGAUUCUGUCAAGUCGAAUAAGAUAGAUAAAGGCAUUAAGACUGUGGAUAGCAAAGCGAACGGGGAGCAAGUAACACAAAACAAUGGCGAUCGAACUCCUCCUAGAAUCACAUCUGGUGAUCGGACACCUCCUAGAGUGUCGUCCGGGGAUAAGACACCGCCAAGAAAGAUGAGAAAAAAGUCUGCAAGGAAAAGUUUGUGGGAUGUGAAACCGGAGGACUUGGAGUUAAGCCAACCAAUUUCGGCAACGAGACAAGUAGACGAAACUUUACAAGACUACUCAGAUGAUACAAAACUAAAGCAGGAAAUCCUUCAGAAGAUGCCUGUUAUUGAUGGUAUACCCUUGUCUGAUAAAGUGCUUGAUGAAUUACUUCCGCCUGGCUUCAAGACGGUGCCGGUUCCUUCAAAUUAUGAACUCAGAUCUUUGGAUAUGCCCGAUCUUUCGACCCUGAGUUAUGGUGAGGGAAACGUUAAUGAUGGGUAUACCAUACCUGAAGAAAGCCAUAUGGCAUUAGAGAUGCGCAGUUCCGUUAAUCCAGAUUUAAUUCAUGACGUCCCUGGCUUGCAUCCGUUAAUGUACUUCAAGGAGUCAGAUGUGGCUGUUUUUGGAAAGUUAAUUGAAACUCGAACCAUUCCAGAUUCUGAGUUAUCAUCCGAUGAGUUAAAAGAGAGGCAGUGCAUGAAGUUGAUUUUGAGUAUUAAAAACUCCGAACCAAAUGUGAGGAAGAUAAGUCUACGGCAAUUGAUGGUCAAGACAAGAACGUUUGGUCCUAAGGUGAUAUUUGAUAUUGUUCUUCCCCUUCUUAUGAGCAAGUCUUUGGAGGAAGAAGAACGACAUCUAUUGGUUAAAAUUAUUGGCCGUGUUAUGUUUGCUCUUGACAUUAUGGUCCGGCCUUACACAAGGAAAAUCUUAAUAGUUAUCAUGCCACUUCUCAUUGAUGAGAAUCAGUACGCUAGGGAAGAAGCCCGUGCUAUCGUUUCAAAUCUUGCAAAAGCCGUUGGACUAGCAUAUAUGAUAUCUACCUUGCGUGUGGAUAUAGAUCACCCCGAUGAUUACGUUCGUAACCUUGUUUCGGUCACAUUUGCAGUUGUUGCGUCCUCACUUGGCCUACAGGUUGUGCUUCCCUUUCUGAAAGCUAUAUGCAAUUCGAAAAAGAGUUGGUUGGCUCGUCAUACUGGAGUCAGAAUAAUCAGGCAAAUUCCAGCAUUAAUGGGUCCCCGUAUCCUUCCCCACCUUGAUGGUCUCGUUAACUGUGUUCUAACAAAUGUCGAGGAUCAGUAUCUCACUGUACGAACAACAGCUGCUUCAGCAAUAGCCUCGUUGGCCAGGGCUUCGAAACCAUAUGGUUUUGAGUCUUUUGAACCGGUUAUCGAACCAUUACUCACGGCUUUGAAGCGUCACAGAGGUCGCAGUUUAGCCGCUUUUCUUGAAGCCUUGGGUUCUUUGAUUCCUCUCAUGGAUGAAGAGUAUGGCAAUUAUUAUGCAAGACAAGUCCUAAGGGUUGUCUCAAGACAACUUUCCUCACCGGAGAUUCAAAUGAAAUAUGCUAUUCUGCGCAUCAUCGAAAUUUGUUGUUCGACGGAUUCAUUAUCAAAGGAGCUUUUCACUGAUGAGAAUUUUCUUGAUGACUUUUUCUCUAAUUUCUGGACUCGUAGGUCAGCUUUGGAAAAGAAAACCUCAAAUAUGUGUAUCUCUGCUUGCUACUCUUUAUCAUUAAAAGUUGGUGCCGUGGCAGUUGUUGACCGAAUUCUCAUUACUUUGAAAGAUAGUUCGGAGACUUUUCGGGAGAUGGCACUCAAUACAAUAAGCAUGAUAAUCCGAAAGCAAGGUAGUUUUGAACUUACUGACCGGACUGUUAGCCGUCUGCUAGAUGGCAUAGUUUAUUGUAUUCAGCAUCAAGGAUUGGAAACGGAUGGAAAGAUUGUCACAGAUGGAUUCGGUUAUAUUACGGAAAGUUUGGGUAUACGAAUGAAGCCGCAUAACAUAUCCGUCAUCAGUGCUUUGUUAUACCGAUUGAAAAAUAAAGAAGGCAGCGUAAGAGAGCAGGCUGCCGAUAUGAUAGAGAAAUCCAUUUCUGUUUUAGCUCUGUGCAGUGAAGAAGAUCUCUUGAUCCGUUUGGGAACAAUUCUUUACGAGUCUCUUGGGGAGGUUUAUCCCUUUGUUUUAGGAUCCAUUCUUGGUGCUUUAAGAGCAGUUAUAAAGAAUGUAAAAUCCUUGGAUGUAUUAAGUCCUCCGAUUUCACAAAUUUUGGCGACAUUGACGCCAAUUCUUCGAAAUAAACAUUUGAAAGUUCAAAGAAACGUUAUAGAUUUAAUUGCUGAUAUCGCAGAACGAGCAAAAGAUUAUAUUAAUCAUCGUGAAUGGAUGAGAAUUUCUUUUGAAUUGUUGGAAAUGCUAAAGGCUCCUGUUAAAAAAGUGCGGAUGUCUGCCAAUAAAGCAUUUGGUCUUAUUGCUCAGGCAAUUGGACCUUCUGAUGUUCUUGUCACACUUUUAAAUAAUCUUCGUGUUCAAGAAAGACAACUUCGUGUUUGUACCGCUGUUGCCAUUGGUAUUGUUGCGAAGGUGUGCCUUCCAUACACUGUGUUACCUGCUCUUAUGAAUGAGUAUAGAUAUCCGGACAAAAAUGUUCAAAAUGGUAUUCUCAAAUCGUUAGCUUUUAUGUUUGAGUAUAUUGGGGAUGAGGGGGCUGAUUAUAUCUAUGCGACGACACCAUUGCUUGUUGAAGCAUUAACAGGAAGAGGAUUAAUUCAUAGGCAAACGGCCGCAAGCGUUGUAAAGCAUAUGGCAUUAGGAAGUAUGGGACUCGGUUAUGAGGAUGCUUUCAUUAAUUUUUUGAAUUUGUUAUGGCCAAAUAUAUUUGAGACAUCGCCACAUGUGAUUACACGUGUUGUUGAUGCUAUAGAGAGUAUACGAUAUGCUCUUGGGGUUGGUAUACUGAUGAACUACGUCAUGCCUGGACUUUUUCACCCUGCGCGAAAAGUGAGGGCGUCUUAUUGGCGAGUUUAUAAUAGAAUGUAUAUUUCAUCUGCUCAUGCAAUGGUCCCAUAUUAUCCGAGGUUUGAGAGAGUUGGUGCGGAGGUCAAGGCUGAAGUUCCGAAAGUGGACGAGCAUCCAGAAGAUCUUGGUAUUUCAGAGCUAGACAUCUGGAUUUAA